AUGAAUGAAUUUUACUUGGUAAAUAACAUACUAAUAAAAAAUGUUAUAGCUCGAAGAUAUACAAAAUGUAUUUAUAAGAAUAAUAGUGAGAAUAAUAAUAGCAUUAUAUUAUACUUUUACAAGUUGUGUAAAAAAUAUAAAGAAUUAAUUAAUUAUGAAUAUUUACAAUAUCCUAAAAAAAAGUUACAUAUAUCAUAUACAAAUGAUAAAGAUAAAAAAAUAAACAACAUAAAAAAUAGGAUAAUUAAAAGAAAAGUGAUUUGUAAUUUUCGUCUUUUAAUUUUUUUAUUGUUUGUUUUGAUAUUAAUUUAUUUGGGAUUAAUUAAUUUAUUUAUUUAUGAUAAUAAUAAUAAUAUAGAAUGCAAAAUACAGUUUACUGAAUGUCCUAUAAUUUUACAUGAACAUGUUAAUAAUUUUUUAAAAAGCUAUAAAAUAAAUAAUUUAAAAAAAGAACAAAUUGCAGCUAUUUAUAAAUUUAUGAAUAAUAAAAACAGUGAAAAUGGAGAAAACAUAAUAGGGUCAUAUUUAGACAAUGAAAAAAAAACGAAAAUAGGUAGUGGUAUAAAUAAUAAAAGACGUAAAAAAUUUUAUAAAAUAUUAAGUGAUGAAAAAAUAAGCUGUAAAAAUUGUAACAUAGUUUAUAAAAUUUUGAAAAAUAAUGAAACAAUAGAAGAUAUACUAAAUUUUGAAGAAAAUAAUAAAUGUAUGCAAACUAUGGAUAUCAACUCAUGUGUUAAUGUUAAAAAUGGCGUUAUAAAAAAUAAAAAAAUACAUAUAUAUAAAAAAUACGCAAGCCCAAUUAGGGAUAGUAACUAUUUUGCAAAAAUAAUCAAGCAUAAACAAAUUUUUUCCGAUGAGCAUAACUACAGUUCAUACAUGGAUGAGAAAAUUAUAAUAGGAGAUAAUAUAAAAUAUGUCUAUCCAUUUAUGAAUGAUUAUGUAUUAAAUUUGGAUUGGUUUAAAUUGUAUGACGAGAAUGGAAAAGAGAUUCCGGUUAACACUGGGCAGUUAGAAAAGCUGAAUUUUGUGGAGAAGAAUGGAACAGACUUAUGCCAGUCAUCCUACAAACAAAAGUAUAGGGAUAGCACUUUUUUUUGGAUGUGUUCUGAUUUUUACAAAAAUCGGAAAAGUUCAGAAGAAUAUAUGAUAUCUAAAAUGAUUGAGGAGAUAUUAAAUUUUAAGGAAUCAGGAUAUUCUCAAAAAAACAAACAUAUAAUAGAAAUGUCAAAAUUUAGUCCAACAAAAAAUACAUAUAAGCAUUUUGGUUAUAUUUCUACAGAUAUAAAACUUCCAAUAAAUAUAGGAAUCUAUAAUCGUUUUAAAUUGCUAGAAGCUAAUUUUUUAAUUAAUGAGAUGAUAGAUGAUAUAUAUCGAGCCCUUUUUUCCAUUAAUAAUAAGAAGGGGUUAGAGAUCCGAGAAAAAAAUAAAAGCAUAUUUCAGUCCGAAGUAAAUGUAUUGCACACCCACAUUUGUGAGCACAAGCUCGCAUUUUUUGGCCACGACCAUGUUGAAAAAUUUGAAAAAUUUGAGAAUGCCGAAAAUGAUGAUAAUGGUGAAAAAUUUGAGAGUGCCGAAAAUGAUGAUAAUGUUGAAAAUGCCGAAAAUGAUGAGAAUGCCGAAAAUGAUGAGAAUGCUGUGAAUGCUGUGAAUGCUGUGAAUGCUGUGAAUGCUGUGAAUACUGUGAAUGGUGAGAGUGCUGGUUGCGAAAAGGGCAAACCAUGCGUGUGCAGGAAAUUGUGGAGAAGGUUUGGGAAAUGGAUAAAAGGGUGUUAUAACACAAUUAUUGAAAAUUGUAUGUCUAAAAAUAUAGAGGUAAAAGAAAAGGAUGAAAUAAAUUUAGCAGAUAAAAAAAAAGGAACAUAUGUAUUAAUAGAAGAAAUUGAAAAUGAAAAAAAAAAUAAUGAUGGAAAAAAUGGAGAAAAAAUAAAUGAGGAACAUAUUAAAGAAUUAGUUAUUAUAUCAUCAUCUAUAUUUUUCGGAAAAAUGAAAAUAUUAUUAAAAAUUUCUAUAAUCAUUUUAAUUAUUUUAUUUUUUAUUAUAAUUUUUUUAAUUAUUUUUUAUAUUUAUUUAAUUAAUAAUAAAGAUAUAUCCAUGAUUAAUGGUCAAGAUAAUUCGUUUGAAAAUAUUCCGAGAUAUUUAAGAUGUGAAUCAAAAAAUAUUGCCAAUGCAUCUAUUUCUGAUGCUGAAAAAAGAUUUUUUAUUAGUGGAAGGCAUAAAAGCUAUCCAUUUUAA